UUUUUAAAACUCUUCACGCUGUCCACAGUUUUUCAAAAAUCUUAUAUAUUCAUUUAUUCUUGCAGUCUCUGGAUGGAUUUGCAUUUGCCCUCAGCGCCGACGGCAGGUUUUUGUACAUUUCGGAAACUGUUUCAAUAUAUCUCGGACUUUCACAAGUCGAAAUGACUGGAAGCAGCGUCUUCGACUAUAUUCACCAGCAAGACCAUGCAGAAUUAGCCGAGCAGCUGGGAAUCAAUCUGGCCCAGUCGCAAACGACAAUGGCAUCCAGCCCUGGUUCCGUGGCCUCUGAUGAAGGCUCUUCAUCCUCGGCUCCCGGGGGAACAUCUACUCCUACUGGACUAGACAGACCUCUUCCCGUGAUGACAUUAAACAACAAUACGUCCUAUAAAGGAAUGGACAGAUCCUUUUGUAUUCGGAUGAAAUCUACGCUAACCAAACGAGGUUGUCACUUCAAAAGCUCUGGAUACAGGGUUGUACUAAUACUGUCUCACUUGAGGCCUCAGUAUAGCUUCUCUAACGGCAGGAAACAGGGGUCAGCAAAUGUGAUGGGAAUGGUGGCCAUGGCCAUUGCAUUACCUCCACCUUCUAUCAACGAAGUAAGAUUGGAGAGCGACAUGUUCGUGACGCGUCUCACAUUCGAAUUUCGAGUGGCACACUGUGAACCUAGAGUAUCAGAACUAUUGGAUUACACAGCAGACGAACUGACGGGUAAAAAUAUGUACGCACUUUGUCAUGGGCAGGAUGUACAGAGAUUAAGGAAAUGUCAUAUUGACCUGAUUAACAAGGGCCAAGUGAUGAGUGGGUACUACCGUCUAAUCAACAAGACAAGUGGAUACACCUGGCUCCAGACAUGUGCUACUGUGAUUUGUAACUCCAAAAAUUCAGAUGAGCAAAGCAUCAUAUGUGUUAACUACGUUCUCAGUGGUGUGGAGUAUGAAAACUGCAUCUUGGACUGCAGCCAAAUUCCCAACUCUGAGAAUCUGAAACCAGACGAUCCCAGUAAUUCAGAAAGAGAAUCCUCGCCGGACACAGAUGCUAGAGAAGAUCCUCCCUCAAAAGAAGGAUGCUGCAGCCCCAAAUCUGCAACUGACGGACGGUGCUCUUCAACCGCAGGCGGUGAAAGCAACCAUAGUGAUCAUCUUACUCAACUGGUUAAACAUUCUGAUCCAAACAGAGACAGGUGCUCACUUCAUGAUGAGACAGUUCCUUCAGUUAAUGGCUUUGACAUAGAUCAGAAACAGCUUGAUUUAGUUGAAAUACCCCGCUACCAAAACUCAGUCACGAAACAUUCAAGCCAUCAGACAUGUACAGAUGGAAGAGUUAAAAAAAGAAGACUUGUUAGCAAUGGACUAUUAAUUAAUGAUACAAGUAUUAAUACCAAUGAUCGAAAAAGCCCCUCUGACAAUACCACAUCUAGUCUGAAUAAUGCCACUAGUCCUGUAGACAGUGGAAGAACUUUAGUUGACAGGCUUACUCCUGACAGAACAGGUCUGAGUUCAUCAGAUAAUGGCAUUUGUCACCCAUCAACAACACCUCCUUCUUCAGGUGAAAUGGGUAAUGACAAGAUAGACAGACCUUGGAAAAGAUCUCCAAAUAACAGCGUAGCUGCAAGAAGUACUUACAACUCUAGCUCAACAAUGUCUGUUAAAGAUUUAGAAGAUGUGAUGAAUAAGCAUCUACCUUCACAAGAGGGACAUGAUUCCUUAGGAAAGAAUGGCAGCAAUCAGCAACAAAAAUCCACAAUCCAAUGGAUAGGUGGUCCCCAGACUACGCUGCCUGCUUCUUCCUUGCUACGGCAGAUAUAUGUUAACAGAGAAUCCGUAAUACGAUCUGGGACUCACAUAAGUCGACCAGCAUAUUAUGGAGAUUCACAAGGACCAUUGCCCACUCCACCGGGUAAUGGAAGUGGUGGAGAUUCAUAUCCGGACCAAAGUCAAUUUAUUCUGCCAAGUAAAAUGACAGCAGAGUCCUAUGGUGUCAUCACUGGGUACUCUACAGCUCCUGUCACUGUAACCAGUUACAUGGACACUUAUUCUGCCAUGACACCUCCGGCCUCAGUUUCUCCAAGGGACAAAUUUCACCCAGGUAUAGCAGAUACUGCCGCUUUUAGUGAAGCAGCAGCUGCCGCAGCUGCGGCUGCAAUGCCUCACAUGCAUCAUUAUGUAUCAGAUGGCACAUUGCAGCAUCUUCCUCUCAAGCCUCAAGUAUUUGUACAUCCUGGUACCCUGGAUCCUGCCGCUUACGGACAUUCCCACGCGCAGCAAGCUCUAAGUGCAGAACAACAGCAACAAUUGUAUGCUCAUCAUGCAAGUGGGUUUCAUUUAUAUCACCCAUCUAACAGCAAAACAUCACAGCAUACAGUGAAUGGAACAUCCUGGUAUCCACAGCCAAACACAUAACUGGCCAUGAGCCUUGUGAGGGAAAGUUUUCUCUUUUUGUCAUGUAACAUAAAUAUUCGCCUUGAAAUUUCAAUUUAGGGAUCAUAAUUUAGCCCCCAAAAUAAAUUUUGGACUUCAUUAUUGAUGUUAUACAUAAAAAACAGAGGGAUAGAUGAAGAAGCAUUCAGAAUUCACUUUAGCUAAAAGCUUGGUUAGUAACAUAGAUGUUUUUUGUAAAAAUUUAGAAAAAAUUAAGUUUAUUUCAAAUAUUUUCUUGAAAUUUUAAUCACAAAUAAUUUUCUCUUUCAUCUGAUGAAACCUUUUUUUUUAAAAUUUUAAUUAAAAAGGUACAUGUAUAAUUUACUGCAUCUUUUAUCAAAAGCUAUUUCAUUAAAUUACAGAUGCUAUCAUAUUAAUAUCAAAUGUCUGUACUUCUACACAAAUAAUGCAGUUUCAUUGUUUUUACUAUUCUUUUUUUUUUCAGUCAAUAUAAUGCAUGAUUUCACAACAAAAUACAGAAGGAUAUAUGCAUUUAAAUCAAUAGAACUAGUCACUGUAAACAAUCUUUUUUCCUUCCCAUAAACCAUUCUGCAAAAACAUCAAUGUAUUUUCAAACAUAUUUUAUAUGUAAUUGUGAAUGAAAUAUGAUUCAAAAAAUAGAAAGAAAAAAAAAAAAAACUACCUCCAAUAUGCAAUAUUUGAAGACGAAAAGAUUCCAAAUUAAUGAUUUGUUUUUUAGUUUUUCUUUUAUUUGCAUUGAAAUAGCAAAAGAUGAAAUUUUCUGUUAUAUGCGACUUAAAAAUACAUUAUUGCCAUUUUGCAUUUUAAAUUGAUUGCUGUUUGCAAAGUGUGAACUAAAUCUGUAGUUAAAUACUUCACAGAAUUUAAAUUCUAUGCAAUAUAACAUGGUAUUUAUGAAAUACCUGUAAGCCUACUAUGCAAAUUUUAAAAAUUGCUUAAGAAUCAUAUUUCACAUCCCAACUUUAUUUCAUCACUCUUUAGUUUUACUUUAACCCUCAAUCAAGUGCACUGAAUAUGAUCAGUACUGAUGAUGGAUGUAAAAAAAUAAACGUAUUUAAUAAGAUUUAUUUUGCUUGGUUCCCAUUUCAUCUAUGGUCUUGUAUAACUUAAGUGACAGACUGGUUAACUUAAUAGUUCUUUACUGAAAAUAUUUAAUUAUACUAAUUGUAAGCACUGUUUUAAUAACAAAAGAUUUAGGAAAAAUCUUUUUUCCAUGCAAUUCAAAACCGGUUAUUUUGAAGAAAAAAAAAGUUAAUGUGUUUCACUCAAUCAAAUUGAGGGUUGUGUAAUUUUGAUCUUGUUAUGUUUGUUUCUUAUCGUUGUACGUGUUACCUGAAUCUAUUAUUAUUAUUAAAAAUUUUAAUAAUAAAUUAAAUACUUCAAAAAUG